AGGUUUUCCCCCACUUGCUCAACCCCGCCGUCACUAUCUUCAUCCGCCGUCCCGACGCCGCGAGCCCAAACCCCUAACCCCGGAGAGCCUCCUCGCCGCAGAUGGCAGUCCCCGGCCGCCGCGACGACCUCGUCGGCGACGACCUCGUCGACGACGACGGGAUCGGCGAGGAGUACAUGGCCCCCUCCGACGACGAGGAGGCGCAACUGCCUGACGAACUCUUCCGCCUCGCCGACGCCGCCCAGUCCGGCAACGUCGCUGCCCUCCGCGCCGCGCUCGAUAAUUAUUCUGGCAACAUUGAUGAUCCAAUAGAAGAUGGUGAUACUCUGCUUCACAUAGCAUGCUUAUAUGGCCAUCUACCUUGUGUUCAGCUACUGUUGGAACGUCAAGCUAGCUUGGAAUGCAAAGAUGAAGAAGGAGCAAUUCCUCUUCAUGAUGCUUGUGCUGGAGGCUUUAGUGAUAUAGUCCAGUACAUUUUGAAUUUUGCUGCGAACAUUGAUGGCUGCGUAACAAGAAUGCUCAACACUGUUGAUUCUGAAGGCGACACUCCACUCCAUCAUGCUGCCAGAGGGGAACAUCUGGGUAUUGUGGAUCUCUUGCUUAAAGCUGGGGCAUGUGCCAAGAAGGAGAAUACUUAUGGCCAGGUCCCUGCUGAGAUGGCUGAUGAAGGCACUGAAGUCCGGAAACUGUUAAUUCAAGAGCAAGUUGAGGCCAGCACACAUACUAGCAAUUAAUUGACGUAUGGCAAUCCUUAGUUGAAAUUGGUAAAAUGAGUUACUGUCAGGCUGAAUAUCUGUAGUCAUUGGAACUGUGUAGUGGUAUGCGGGAAACAUCGGCAAACCAUCCAUCACCACCCUUUUGUUUUGUAUUGGCUUGUUGCCAUCUGCCUCUAUCUUUCUAUUUCGUAUGUUUGGGCUUGCUUGAUGUCUAGCAAGAUUUGUGAAGAAUCAUUUCAUCAAUAGUUGAUAGAUCCAUGACGACCUGGGAGCAUUGAUUGGUAUGUGUAUCCUGCCAUGUCAGGAAGGUAGUCACU